AGCUGGAAUCCUCACUAGUUGAGUUUAGAGUCCGUUAGAGUUCCGUGGUUAUAUUUUUGUGGAGAUAUUUUCCUGUUUUUAAACGUAUGGAAAGCUUUUGUCGUAAUUUUGAUUUUACUUUAAUGACCUUCAGACAGCAACCUACUUAAAAUAUCAGCUUGUCUUAAUGUGAGGAAUUUAAAAUAUAUUUAUUGUUGUCUACAUCAAGAAUCAAGAAGGACAAGAUAGUUUUCACAGUUGAGCUCUGCUUCCUCUGGACCUUCAGUACUGACAGACUAAAGACUCUGGAGUGAUGCCACAACUGCUCACAGCAGAUAAAAGCAUUUCAUAUACUUACAUGAUUUACUCACAUUAUUAUACAGGUGCACUCAAACAAAUAGGAAACACUUAAUUGAAGACAGACUUCAAAAGAACAGAGGAUUAAUUAAAGAUUGAUCUAGGUUAAUUACAGAGUGAACGAGUGUUUCUGAAGUUUCCAAUAGUUAGAUAUCUGCAUCACUCCUUCAACUCCAGUCACAGAUGCCUAAGCUUCAUACUAGAUUCCUGUAGAGAUUUUACUUUAGCCAUAAAACUGAAUUCAUGCCCACAUUCCAUGUUUAAUUAAUGAUUAAAUCAAUUUGCUGUAAGACUGCUAUAACAUACGGUGCCUACAGCACUUCCAACAGCACAAAGUCAUUCAGAGCGGUUUGGUGUGAAAUGAUUGAUUGUAGAACUUCAGAUUUCUUUCCAGUGGUGAUUAAACAAUGUCUUAGACAUCAGGCAGCAAUUAACACUUCAGCAAGUGAAAUGCUUGGUAAUUACAGACAACUUACACAUUUCUUUGACAAAAGAAAAUGUAAACUUUCUACCGUUUGUAAAACGUUCAGCCGAAAGUAAUGGGAGUGAAAGUAGGUGGGACUGUCUAGACUGUCACAGACUAAGAGUUCCAGCCACUGGAAAAACUGGUAAAUUAAUGCAAACAUAGUAAUUCAAGUAAUUCUGUGUUUGAAACAGUGUAGCUUACCAGCAUAAAAUAUAUGUAAAAUAGUUGAAUAUUGAAAAUAGUUAUAGACUUACAGUCACUGCACUGAAAGCAUGUUCUGCAUGAACCAACAAAAAAUUGGGGUUAUCUCAAAUUAGGUUUUGACCCACAUGUCCCUCUACUUUGAUUACCAUGGGUCGUGAAGACUGAAGAGUCAUUCAGUAAUAUCCAGUUAAGUGAAUUGUCACAUUCCUCUUGACCCCUUAAUGUUUCUCAAAACAAAACAUCUUUCUCUUUUCAAAGAAUGGACAUCUCUUGUGUUUGGUCAUCAGAAUCCUUCAGUGCACUUCAAUCUACUGUCCUUCAUCGUGUCCAGUGAUGCAAGAUGGCAACCAUUAGACCAGUGUUGCUGGAUAUACUUCAGAAUUUGUUGGAAGAGGACCUGAAAUCCUUCCAGUGGUACCUAAGCAAUGGCGUGGAGGGUUUCACUCAUAUUCCAAGGGCUCAGCUAGAAAAGGCAGACAGACAUGACACCGUGGAUAAGAUGGUGCAGAGCUACGGCCACAAUGGAGCUGUGGAGAUCACACAGGCCAUCCUGAAGAACAUAAACCAAAACCAACUGGCUGAGGAACUCGGAACCAAGCACAAAGAGGAUGUUACUGACAAGAACCCAGAAACCUUGCUCAGUGCAACUCAGGAUGGAGAAUCAGAAGCUUUGCAACGCACCCGGUUAAUGGCCAUCCAGAAAGAGACGUAUGAACGAAUACUGAUUGGAAAUUCACUGACAGGACACAAGAAGUUCUUGGAAGACAUCUACACUGAUCUGAUUAUAGUGCAGGAUGAGAGUGGAGGAGUAAUUUGUGAGCAUGAAGUGAUGCAAAUUGAAAUGUCUUCCUGUACUGAUGAGGAAGUUUGUAUCAAAUGCAGUGAUCUUUUCAAAGUCCAGCAUGACGCAAGUCGAUGCAACAGGAAAGUGUUGACAACAGGAAUCGCAGGAGUGGGCAAAACUGUGUCAGUCAACAAAUUCAUACUUGACUGGGUGAAAGGAAAGGAGACCCAAGACUUACACUUCAUUUUCCCUCUCCCCUUCCGAGAACUGAAUCUGAAGAAGGAUAAGAAGUUCAGUUUGAUAGAACUCCUAAAUCAAUGCUUUUUCACUUCAAAAACUGCACUGAGGUCUCUUCCAGAGGACGAAGGUAAAGUUCUGUUUAUUUUUGAUGGGCUGGAUGAAUGCUGCUUUCCUCUUUGCUUUGAGGGUGAAGAGGAAGUAAAAGAUAUCAAUCAGAGAACCUCAGUGGGCUCAUUGAUCACAAAUCUCCUGCAGAAAAAUCUGCUUCCCUUUGCUCUCAUCUGGGUAACUUGUCGACCAGCAGCAGCCCAUCUGAUUCCCCGGGACUACAUUGACCUGGUGACAGAAGUGAGAGGAUUCAAUGAUGAACAAAAGAAGGCAUAUUUCAGCAAAUACUGUAGUGAAGACGUGGCAUUUAAAAUAGUCUCACACAUCAAGAAAUCAAGGAGCCUCUACAUCAUGUGUCAGAUACCAGUCUUCUGCUGGAUCUCUGCCACUGUGCUUCAGCCACUGAUGGCUCAAGAGAACAACAAGGACAUUCCCACGACCCUGACAGGAAUGUAUCUAAGAUUCCUGCUACAGCAGAAAAAUGUAAUGAAAAAGAAAUAUCAUGAAAGAAGAUCUAAAACCAUUGAUGCUGAACAUGUAAUUUUGAAGCUUGGAAAACUGGCCUUCCUUAAUCUUGAGCAGGGCACUCUGAUGUUCUAUGAGGAUGACCUUAAGAAAUGUGGCAUUGAUGUCAGCGAUGGCACCGUGUUCUCAGGUGUGUGCACACAGAUUUUCAGUGAGCAGGAAGGAGUUUCUGAAAGGAAUAUUUUCAGCUUUGUCCAUCUGAGUGUCCAGGAAAGCCUCGCUGCUCUGUAUGUUCAUCACUCCCACUGCAACAAGCAAAGGAAUGCAUUCAUCCCCACGGAUUUCUGGAACAAACUUACAUGGAAGGUGAAGAAUCUAACGGAUCUUCAUAAAUAUGCAGUGGACAGGGCUUUACAGAGUAAAAAUGGACAUCUGGACCUUUUCCUCCGGUUUCUUCUUGGCCUCUCACUGGAGUCCCAUCAGAGUGACUUAAAAGAACUUCUUCCAAGCCUGAAGAUGAAAGGUGAGAGUGUCAGUGACACAGCUGACUACAUCAAGAAGAAACUGAGUGAGCAAGUCUUAUUUGACAAAAGCUUGAAUCUGAUCCACUGCCUGAGUGAACUGAAAGACAACUCCCUGAUGACUGAAAUCCGGAACUACCUGAACUCAGGAGAUCUCUCCACACAGACACUCUCAUCUACACAGUGGUCAGCUCUGGUUUUUGUGCUGCUGAUGUCAGAGGAGACUCAGGAGAAGUUUGAACUGAGGAACUACAGACCUUCAGAUGAAGGGCUGAGGAAACUCCUGCCUGUGGUGAAAAGCACUAGACAAGCCCUGUUGGAUGACUGCAACCUCAACAAAGAUAGCUGUGAAGCACUGGCAUCAGUUUUCAGUUCAGAUUCAUCUCUGAAAGAGCUGGACCUCAGUAACAAUGACCUGAAGGAUUCAGGGGUGGAGCUACUCUCUGAUGGACUGAAGAAUCCACACUGUAAACUGCAGACACUCAGGCUUGUCAGCUGUAAUCUCACUGUGGAUUCUUGCAAAAUAUUUGCACAAAACCUACUUUUAGUGCACUCCUCCCUGAAAGAGCUGGACCUCAGUAACAAUGAUCUACAGGAUUCAGGAGUGGAGCUGCUCUCUGCUGGACUGAAGAGUUCAUACUGUAACAUGGAGAUACUCAGACUAGUUAUCUGUAAUCUUGGGGAAAAAGCUUGUGAAAAUCUGGGAUUAGCUCUGCAAUCAGUAAACUCUUCUCUGAAAAAGCUGGAUCUCAGUAACAAUGACCUGCUGGAUUCAGGUGUGAAGCUCCUCUCUGCUGGACUGAAGAGUUUGCAUUGUCAACUGGAGUCACUCGGAUUAUCUGGUUGUAUGGUUACAGAUGAAGGUUGUUCUUCUUUGGCCUCAGCUCUGAAAUCAAACCCCCACCACCUGAGAGAACUGGAUCUGACCUAUAAUAACCCAGGAGAGUGUGGAGUGAAGCUGCUCUCUGAUCUACUAGAGGAUCGGCACUGCACACUGAAGAAACUACAGGUGGAGCAUGGGGGGAAGAACAAGAUGAAAACAGGACUGAAGAAAUAUGCCUGUGAGCUCACUCUGGACCUAAACACAGCAAAUACACACCUCUCUUUGUCUGAGGGGAACAGAAAAGUGGAAUGGGUGGAGGAGAAGCAGCCGUAUCCUAAUCAUCCAGACAGAUUUCAGUACUAUCAACAGGUUCUGAGUGUGGAGAGUCAGUCUGAACGCUGUUACUGGGAGGUUGAUUGCAGUGGGAGGGGGGCUGUUGUAGCCAUGACAUACAGAAAGAUCACCAGGAAAGAAGACAAUAAGAAUUGUUUACUUGGAUUUAAUAAUCAGUCCUGGAGUCUGAGCUGCUUUAAUGACAGCUACAUUGUCUGGCACAAUUAUAACAUUACUACUGUAGCUGCUCCCCCCUCUCACAACCGUAGGAUAGGAGUAUAUUUGGACUGGAUGGCCGGCACUUUGUCCUUCUACAGCAUCUCACCUAACACACAUACACUGACCCACCUACACACACUCCACUCCACAUUUACUGAGCCCCUCUAUGCAGGGUUUAGGGUUGGUCCUCACUCCACAGUGUGUGUGUGUAAGAUGGAAUAAUCUUUCAAAAAAUGUAAGUAUGCAAUGUAAAUAUUCAGCAAAGUAUAAAAAAUGUAAGCAUACUGUAAUGACAUUAGAAAGGUAUUCUGAACUUUAAUUCCAACAGUUAGGACAGUAUGCAAAAUGCUAAUAAAACAGAAAGCAAUGAUUGGUAAUUCCUUUUAA